AUGGCGCUCGAAGGUGUUUCUCCGGCCGUCUUGGAGGCCAAGACCCAACUCCGACCAAAGUCGUGUUACGCCGGAAGUUUGCUGGUUCUCCUGGGCUUGGUCUUCGUGGUCUCGCAGAGGGUCCCCCAGUUUGCAACCGAGGGCACCAAUCGGAGAUUGUCUGAGGCGACGUCGGCCCAACUUGCCAGCUCUGGAUGCUGCCGCUUCGCCAAGGAAUUCGAAGCCGUGGAUUGGCACGAUCCGAAGACCCGGGCGGACUACAUGGCGAAUGUGAUGUACAUGGAGCGUGGUUUUCUUGGAAGAGCGGCUAAGCUUUCUUUCGAUCCCGACACCGGCAUGACCUAUGACGGCGUUGCACUAGACUACAACACUGGGGAAGUCCAGCAUGGAUCUCUCAGAACUUUCUCGGCACCAUCCAAGGAAGCUCUGCAUUUGAGCCUUCUUGCUUUGGCCCUUCAGCCCGUCGAGGAUGUGCCUGCGGAGCUGGCCACAGUGUAUCCUCUGCUUUACAGCACCGACGAGGCACUCGACAUCCUGGACAAGAAGGCCAAGACCAUGGAUGACUUUGAUGCAGACUUCCCGGGUUUCGGCGGCUUCCUACCCUGGUUCUGCUCUCGUGGCAUCAACAAGGCCGGGUACUGCAAGACCCUUGCAGAGCCUGGAACCAGGAUGACUCCUGUCUCCGGCUGGGAAAGGACCCUGCCUGGCCUGGAUAACGGCCAGCUUGCAUUUGGCACUGCUGCCGUGGUGCAUGUUCUGGAACGCCGGGCUAAGCAGGAAGGCACCUCCAGUCGCUUUGCCCAGACGGCCCGUCGCUGGAACGCUCGCUUGGAGCGGAUGAGGGAAUCCGUUGUCAACUUGUUCUACAAUGGGGCCGGUUUGGUGCGAAUGGUCAGCGAGCUCGACAACGUCACGGUCGAUGUUGCAAAGAAUGCCUCCAAUGCUCACAACGAAAACGGCCUGUUUCUUUGGGAUGCCUUCGAAGGCGAGAUGAUUGUUCUCUUCCUGGACAUCUUUGGCAACUGGACCAAGUACCCAAACAAUGGUGAAGAGGAGAAGAAGCUGAUGUGGAAGAUCAAAGCAGAGCAUGUCGAGCCUGUCGUGUACACAGCCGCCGACGACACUAAGAUGGUUCUACAGAAAGGGUAUUGGUUCUCGGCACAUGAACAGUGGAAAACCUUGCAGCUCCCUUACAUGGACAUCCCACUGGUCAAGCAUCUUUUCGCAAACGGUGAGUUCGCACGCUUGGAGAAUUCCCUGAAGGAGCAGCUGCCUGGCCUCAUGGCCUCGGUGAAUGCACCCAACGGCGUGCAGUGUGAUGCGCAUCCCUACUGCAGUGCUGUAGGAAUCCCGUCCCUGGCUGGAGAGCCGGUUUUCAGCUUCAAGGAGUCAGAGACAGUCCUUACCCCCUAUGCCGCUUUCCCUUCGAUCUUGGUGGAUCCAGCUGCCGGGCUUGCAUGGUACAACCACAUGCUGGCCAUGCCGCGGGUGCAAACACCUGUUGGCAGCAUUGAGUCAUUCACAGUCUCUGGGAAAGCCGUUGCCCCCAUGGCAACCUGGGAUGCCAAAGUGACUACCGUUUUGGCCAUGCUGGGCGGGACGGGGCCCCUGCUGCGCACGUACAUGGAGGAGCGCGGGGUCUACGGCAUCUUCGAAGAUCGUGUGAAGUCCAUGUACGAGCCGGUUUUCAAGCCAGUCAUCACUUCUGUGAUGCCUGGCAAGGCCUCCGUCGACGUGCAUAUCGCGCAGCUCCCAGAGCUGCCCUGGCCGGCGCCUCAUCCCGCACGCAGAGAGUCCAUGCCGGAGGACUUUCCGAGCUGCCGCUGCCUCGAGCGCGAGAGCACGCCUGGCUUCCUGCAGCCGAAGAAUCCGUGA